CGUGCGCCUCGGAGUCCUUCGAUUUCUCCUGACGCAAGCGUACUUCGAACCUAGCCGGGUCUGGCGUGCGCAUGCGCCUUCCUCUGCUACCUCUGAAGGUGCUCAGGUGGACAUCCCGAAGUGCCCCCCUCAUUUCAUGGUCACAACAACCUUGUGAGAAAUCAGAACCAUGAACACCACGCAGGGCACCGUUGGUAGUGACCCUGUCAUCCUGGCCACUGCUGGCUACGACCACACGGUACGUUUCUGGCAGGCCCACAGUGGGAUAUGCACCCGAACAGUCCAGCACCAAGACUCUCAGGUCAAUGCGCUAGAGAUCACCCCAGACCGUAGCAUGAUUGCUGCUGCAGGUUACCAACACAUUCGUAUGUACGACUUGAACUCCAACAACCCAAACCCCGUUACCAAUUACGACGGCGUCAGCAAGAACAUCACCUCUGUUGGCUUCCAUGAAGAUGGCCGCUGGAUGUACACGGGGGGCGAAGACUGCAUGGCCCGGAUCUGGGAUCUCAGGUCACGCAACCUUCAAUGCCAGCGCAUUUUUCAAGUGAACGCCCCCAUCAACUGUGUCUGCCUACAUCCCAAUCAGGCAGAGCUUAUUGUCGGGGAUCAGAGUGGGGCCAUUCACAUCUGGGACCUGAAAACGGAUCACAAUGAGCAGCUCAUCCCGGAGCCAGAAGUCUCUGUCAACUCUGUCCACAUUGAUCCUGACGCCAGCUACAUGGCUGCUGUUAACAGUUCGGGCAACUGUUAUGUGUGGAAUCUAACUGGUGGCAUUGGAGAUGAGGUGACACAGCUUAUCCCGAAGACCAAGAUUCCUGCACACAACCGCUACGCUCUGCAGUGCAAAUUCAGCCCAGACUCCACGCUUUUGUCUACAUGUUCCGCCGACCAGACAUGUAAGAUCUGGAGAACGUCCAACUUCUCUCUGAUGACAGAGCUCAGCAUCAAGAGCAAUAACCCUGGGGAAACCUCCCGUGGCUGGAUGUGGGACUGCGCAUUUUCAGGGGACUCUCAGUACAUUGUCACAGCCUCAUCAGAUAAUUUGGCCAGGCUCUGGUGCGUGGAAACAGGCGAGAUCAAGAGGGAAUACAGCGGGCACCAGAAAGCGGUUGUCUGCCUCGCUUUCAAUGACAGCGUCUUGGGCUGAGGAGGAAGACUGCUUGCAAAACUGCUGCCGCCUGUUCUUUUGGCCAGGGCCUCAGAUGCCCAGCACACAAAGGGGCCACUUGAGUGCUUCCGUUAGGCUGCAUUACCACCCACAACUGCCUUUUUGCGGAAGAGCUGCAUUCAAGUAAAACUAAUUUAAGCCACCCUAACAA